GCUUGCUGCUGUGGCUCCGUUCAAAACCUGGUGCCCACUCCACUCCACCCAACUUUGCCUCGCCCCUCGACCUUGACCGGCCUCGACGCACCUCGCUCACUGCAUCCAAAACGCAUUACACUAGACUGCAUCUUAGUCCUGCAGCUUGCAGCCAGGCUGUCAAACCCUGCGCCGGAGGAAAGACGAGAGAGAGUGUUGCCGGGUCAAACUACGUGAGACGGUAGCUCAGUCAUGGAUCAACCGCCACCGCCACAGGGCCACCCUCCCGGCCAGGCUACUCCAGAAACCGACCCAACAGGCGAGCAACAGCCCACAUCCUCCACUGGCCUGGCCCCCUCGCCAAAGUCUCCUGUCUCUUCUGUCAAGAGCAACCCGUCCGCCGACCAAGGAGGCAAUGCUGCCGAACCUGGGGCCACAGAGAUCGCCUCGAGUCUCUCCAUGCCGCCCCCAGCCCGGCCCGCAAGGAGCCCGCGUCCGUCUGUGGCUCAGAGCAGCCGCGAUCCUCAGGCUUCCGACACGGUGAACGACGAUGCCGCUUCCGUAAGGUCCCGCACGGCCGAGACCAGCUCUCUUCGCAGCUCCAGUUCCUUGCGAGACGUCGUCGCCGCCAGUGACGACCAGGACUCGGAGACUCCUCGCUUGAACCCUGGCACUUCCGCCGACUACGUUGGCGAUCACAAGCUGCCUGACCCCGCCAUGCCUUCUUCGCGGUCUUCCUUCUCCGAGGCUGACAAGGAACUGAAGCGCAUGAGUAUCUCCUCUAUCUACUCCAUGGCCUCCGCUCGUGGUAUACCAAGCUCAGCAGCAUCGGCUACUGGUUCCGACAAUGGCUCCGCCGGCACUCACCGCUCCGUGUCCGGUAUCAUUGCUUCUUCCUCUGGCAAACAAGGAGAUACCGGCGUAUCUAAUGUCACCGUUACUACUGGCAGCCAGGGAAACUCUGGAGGGAACCUCGCCCCCCGAGACCAACACCAACAUCUCGCCGAGGCCCCGAAAAGGAACCACCCGCAACCACCUCGCUCUGACCCUUCUGGUGGUGCCCCUAGGCCUCAACCGAUUAGAGAAAGAAGUAGAGCUAAGCGAAGACUCAGCGGUAGUACCGCGGCUAGCAGCCACAGUCCAAGUAGCGACAGGACUCCUCAUCACAGGGAGAAGGAAGAGGCGAAACCCGCGCCUCUGGGCCUCAUCGGCGUGUGUGCCCUGGACGUCAAGGCCAGGAGCAAGCCCAGCAGAAAUAUCUUGAACCGUCUCCUAGCGAACCGGGAAUUUGAUGUUAAGAUCUUCGGAGACAAAGUCAUCCUAGACGAAGAUAUCGAGAACUGGCCCGUCUGUGACUACUUGAUCUCAUUCUAUUCUGACGGUUUCCCUCUGGAAAAGGCAAUCGCAUAUGUCAAGGCACGGAAGCCAUUCUGUGUCAAUGACGUGCCCAUGCAGCAGGUCCUGUGGGACCGACGUCUGUGCCUCCAUCUUCUAGACAAGAUCGAUGUUCCGACCCCAAAACGCUUGGAGGUGAACCGUGACGGGGGCUCUCGUCUCCUGACCCCAGAACUAGCGAAGCACAUCGAAGAUGUUACCGGAAUCUCGCUGGAGCCGACCCCAACGGACCCAGACAAGAUGAAGUUGCCUCGAAAGGUAGAGCUGCUUGAUGACGGUGACAUACUUAGCGUCGAUGGCGCACUUCUUAAGAAGCCCUUCGUUGAAAAGCCUGUGAGCGGCGAGGACCACAACAUCAUCGUCUACUUCCCCAACGACGAUCCCGACUAUCCCGGAGGCGCGAGGAAGUUGUUCAGGAAGAUCGGUAACAAAAGCUCCGAGUUUGUCCCGGACCUCAAGGUCCCGCGCUGCAUCACUCAGCCGGGUGAGAGCUUUCUGUACGAAAAGUUUAUGAAAGUUGAGAACGCAGAAGAUGUGAAGGCCUACACAGUCGGCCCAAACUAUUGUCACGCGGAGACCCGGAAGUCGCCAGUUGUCGAUGGCGUCGUCCGCCGCAAUACGCACGGCAAAGAGGUCCGCUACGUGGCUCAUCUCACCGACCUGGAAAAGAGUGUUGCAAGUAGGAUUGCGAAGACCUUUGGUCAGCGUGUUUGUGGUUUUGAUCUGUUGCGGGCAGAUGGAAAGAGCUAUGUCAUCGACGUCAAUGGGUGGAGCUUCGUUAAAGAUAACGACGACUACUACGAUCGAUGUGCAAAUAUCAUGAAGGAAAUAUUCAUCAAGGAACGAAUACGGCGGGGCGCAAUGACACCGCCCAUGCCGUCUCCUGCGAUAUCAGAUGUCGAUCCAAUGUCCAGGGCCGCUACUUUCGGCGGCCAGGACAAGGGCUCCAAGGAGACCCCUCUGACCGGGAUGCUGCCGAACCAGAAAUCAGCCACUGGCAAUCAAGGACCAAAGUCGACGCAAGAUAUCAGAGCUGCGAAUUCGCCCAACCCAGAUAAUGUUCCAAAACCAGACGCCGUCACCGCGUCCAAGGCUGGGAGUGGUGCCACCAGCCCUCUGCUGCCUCUGUCUGAGCCUGUUAUUCGCAGCAUUCCCUCUUCAGCGCCGACGACUGUGCCGGUCACUCCAAAUCUGCAGGAUCUAGAAGAAAAGGAUGUGCAUACGCCGCCGCCGCCGCCGCCCAAGCACUCCUGGAAGCUCAAAGGUAUGGUUUCGGUCAUUCGACAUGCCGAUCGCACGCCGAAGCAGAAGUUCAAGUUCACGUUCCACACCGACCCGUUCAUCGAACUGCUCAGGGGUCACCAGGAAGAAGUUCUGCUCAUCGGUGAGCCAGCAUUGGCGAGCGUCCUCGAAGCCGUCGAGAAGGCAAUGAAGGCUGGCGGUGAGGAUCGCGACAAGCUCAGGGCACUGAGAAAUGUCCUGGUAAAGAAGAGCAGCUGGCCGGGGACCAAAGUCCAGAUCAAGCCAAUGUUCCGCAAGAAGAAAACCGACGAGAUGGCUCCAGUCGAUGAGAAGCAAGUGUCUCCCGGGGACCCGAGCUCACAGACUACCGAGGACGCGCCCGAAGCUUCAAACUCAGGAAAUGAGCUUUCUGGAACCGAGCAUAAGCCACGCUUCCCUCCAAAGCGCCACGAUUCUUUGUCAGGGGUCACAAUGUCCAAGAUCACAGCCGCAGAGAACGGCCUCGUUCUCGAUAAGCUGCAGCUCAUCGUAAAAUGGGGAGGUGAGCCCACGCACUCGGCCCGUUACCAAGCCCAAGAACUUGGCGAAAACAUGCGCAAUGACCUGGCUAUCCUCAAUCGUGAUGUCCUCGAUGAGAUACAUGUCUUCAGCAGCUCAGAGAGAAGAGUGACAACGAGUGCCCAGAUCUGGUCGUCUGCCUUUUUGGACCGCACAGACCUUCCAGAGGAUUUCAUCCAGAUUCGGAAGGACCUUUUGGAUGACUCCAAUGCUGCGAAGGACGAAAUGGACAAGGUCAAGAAGAAGCUGAAGGGUCUCCUACGCAAGGGUAAUGAGCGGCCGCCACAGUUUGCCUGGCCAGAGAACAUGCCCGAACCGGCAGAGGUGCAGACCCGUGUUGUCCAACUGAUGAACUUCCAUCGUCGGGUCAUGCACUUCAACUUUAGCAAACUGCGCAGUGGGGCCGUAAACUCGCUCAACGCGGUCUCCAACCCAGGCAGUUCCGAGAAGCUCAAGGCCGGUGAGGGAUCUUCCGGGUCCGUUCACUCAAUGGCGUCUUCGUUAUCCCAAGUCACAGCGGUCAACGAGAUUCAAGCUCGAUGGUGUUGUGGUGAAGAUGCCGAGCUGUUCCGUGAACGUUGGGAGAAGCUGUUCACAGAGUUCUGCGAUGGGGAAAAGGUUGACCCGAGCAAGAUCUCGGAGUUGUACGACACGAUGAAAUUUGACGCGCUUCACAACCGUCAGUUCUUAGAAUGGGUAUUCAGACCGUCUAAGGAACUGGUUGAGGAGUUCCGCAAACAUGGAGUUGUCGCACCAGACUCGGACGGCAAGUCGACCCAACCACCACAGCAGCCCGCCAGAUCGCCUGAAGAGGGCAGGAAUGGGGAAAAGGCCCCUGGGAGAGAUAGCGAAAGAGAUGACCACAGGGUCAGGCGGUUGUUCAGGAGGUCGUCCAUGGGUAGCAGCAUGAGAAAGGCGGACAUUGUGGGGGAUGCAGAAAAAUACUUCGGUCUUCAAAGGGGCUCGCCCGAAAGCCAAACCAAGGCGAAGACCGAUGACCGCUUCGAGCUGCUCCGGGAGCUGUACCAGCUUGCCAAAGUACUGUUCGACUUCAUCUGCCCUCAGGAGUACGGAAUUUCUGACAGCGAAAAGCUCGAGAUUGGCUUGCUGACGUCCCUCCCUCUACUACGAGAAAUCGUGUCCGACCUGGAAGAGAUGCAAGCCUCGGAUGACGCGAAGUGCUUCUUCUACUUCACGAAAGAGUCCCACAUCUAUACCCUCCUCAACUGCAUCCUGGAAGGUGGCAUCGAGACCAAGAUCAAGAGGAGCACCAUUCCGGAACUGGACUACCUCUCCCAGAUCUGCUUCGAGCUCUACGAGUCCGAGACCAAUCAGCCCCAAGGCGCGGCCACAGGCGAGGGCUAUCCCACCUUUAAUUACAGCAUCCGCAUCGCCAUCAGCCCGGGAUGUCACGUAUAUGAUCCACUAGACGUCCAGCUCGAUAGCAAGCACUGCAUCAGCUGCGCGCAGAGGAGGACCCUCACACCACAUUGCGACUGGAAGCAGGUCAUCGAGACAUUGCGUGCCAAGUUCCACACCGUCAAGCUUCCUAAGAGUUUUGUGGCUGUCAACCUAUCGGACGCAUUCUCUUGGUCUGAGAAGCAACAUGUAGAGGGCCAGGAAUCGCCAGAUGCGGGCGAUGUCCUGGAGAUGAGGAAAGCGCCCGAACGCCCGAAGGCGGAAAAGGAGGCCCCAGUGCCCGCUACAUUACCUGGACCAGCAGCAACUGAGGAGCUUGCACAAGUGGUUCCAGCUGCCGCCGCAGCUCAGGACACUGAAGGGGAGGAAUCUACCUCGGAGACCCCAACUGCUGAUGCUGUGUGAUGCAAUUGACUGCACAGAUCAGAAACAUUCGAACAACGUCUUUCACGGCUAUACUUCCAUCCCUCUGCUCUCGUAGCAGGAAUGCUUUCUUGUCUGACUUGAGCAGCGAGGCUGCGACAGUUGCCUUCGCAAGAUGAUUGAUAGAACAGCGUCAUCUAUAGAAAGAAUCGAGAUGUCCUUGACCUCGACGGCGGAUCCCCUUUCUUGAACCAUGCACGACGAGAAUGUCGACCUGCCGGCGGUCCUUUUGGCAAUGCCUGUCGAGCUGAUCAUGACGAGAUUCCGCGGUGCCAGCAUGGUUCAUUACCACAUCCACACUAUACCACGGCACAUAUAUGGUGUCUCGGAAGCCUUCCCGUCUCCCAUCCCCUCCCUCCCCUCACUCCGUCCAUUGAGUUUGUCUGCGGAGCAUCAUCGCCCUCCCUGUCUCCCUCGCCGCUACCAUUGUUACCCAAUCAGAUGACGAGAUGACGCCUUCUUCCCUGUCCCCUUGUGCUGCCUCCCUGCCUCGAUCCUUCUGCUCUCCCGGGAACGUCGAUGACAGACCGAUACCAGUGCAAAAUUGGGGCCCAGAAUGUGACGUAUCAAAUACAAUGAUCACAAAUGGAAGGCGGCCACUUGUCAAACUUUCCCAAGAUGAAUGCCUCGGUCGCGUAGAGCGCGAUGUCCUUAUCAGAUGAACUUAUGAAGUCAGGAAGGAGUCUAUGAUUCCUGAUGGAGUAGAAUGUAGGACGUGGUGGUGAGAUUUUCCUCCCCGCUCCCAACCAAUCUCAUCACGGGUAUGUGAUCUCCCGGGCUCAACACGAGCGUGACCUGGGGUGAGGGUCGCCUCAAGUCUGGGACGGGUGGUUAAACCGAGAGGUGGUGGUUGCAAGAAAUUGCUCAGAUCCUCCCGAGCCGAGAUGUGGAGGACCAGAGAACCAAGCGUUAACCAGGCGGUCGUCAGGCCACGGGCUUCUGGAAUCGUCCCCCCACGAAAACCAUGACGAGGCCCGAUGACCUUGUUCGCCGCCUGGUCCCUGGGCGUACCAAGUUCCGCCAUUCUGGGGCUCAGCGGCAGUGACAGUCGAUGCGGGAGAUGCAAUCGAAUGGGGCGCGCGGCGACGUUUUGGGGCUUAUUUUGGAAGCAGGAAUAGAUGGCCGCACCCGAUUUUUAUCCAGCCGGUCUACCUAGCCUGCGCCAUCUACCAAAUAAUGACAUUACGGCGGUGUUACAAUCCGCCAAAGCAAUAGAACAGAUUUUUUUUUUUUGGGCUCGUCUUGCUGGGCGAGCAGGCUUUGGCCAUGAGUCCCUGCCGGUAGGCAGGCAGGAGGCACUGGCUGGGCUGCCUCGGGUAUCGCCCAAGUGCGAGAAUCGCGGCUUUCGAAGCCCUGCGCAAAUGACAGAGGCUCCAGCAUCACCCACACCGCGUCUGAUAGUCUCGUCAGCCAUAAUUCUGUGUGACUCGGCGCCACUUGCCCUGAUCGUCGUGUGUACACAUCAUCAGGUGUGGGCAGCAAUGCGGGCCACUUUUGCUGUGUGGUCGCUGCAGGGCGAGGACGGCAGGCACUUCGGUCAAGUGAUCAUUGGCAGCCGUUGGCCAUUCAGACGGGCGCAGAAUCUUGCCGGGGACCCCAUGACUGUCACUUUGUCGGCACAGGGGCGGCAGCAGGGGUUCUUCUCCAAGACUGGACAUGGACGUUAUCUCGAAUUCAUGUGACUGACGCAGGAUCCGUCGUAAGCAUGCCCCCAAAUGUGCACUGAUAUGAAGACCGGUCAAGAAGUAUUUGAACCAUGACGCCUUUGUAGACGAGCCUUGUGACUGUCACAUUUUCUGGACGAUCAGAACGGCCUUCUCGCACCAUUUUUGGGCGCGACCGGGGCCUAGUCG